AUGACCAUCAUGAGACCGGGCCCUGAAGAUGUGCCCCGGCUGGACCUGGGCAAGAAGGUGAGCGUGGCACAGGACCUGAUGAUCGAGGAGCUCUCCCUGCCAAACAACCGUGGCUCCCUGCUCUUCCAGCAGCGCCAGAGGCGGAUGCAGCGCUUCAUCUUCGAGCAUCCCAGUGGCUACAGGGAGUUCCCAGGGCCAGGGGCGAGUGGCUCACAGCGCACUGAGAAAGGUGACCUGGAGGGAACAGCAAAUGAGUGGACGGCAGGGGAGGAUGCCGAGGGCCAGCAGAGUUAUCACUCCGAGCUCCACGUGGCAGCAUCGCCCCAGGGCGGCCCCCCUGAAGUGCCCAAGAAGACAGAGAAAGUCUUGCAGAUGAGCAAAGUCAUCAACCCCGAUGCUCUGGCCCCGGGGUACUCUGGCCCCCUCAAAGAAGUCCCCCCGGAGAAGUUCAAUGUCACUGCCAUCCCCAAGGGCUACCGAUCCCCGUGGCAGGAGCUCCUCGGUGACAAGGACAAGGCUGUGCAUGGCGAAAACAAGCCGCCCGUGAGACCCUCUCUGUGGGACUUCAGGAGCUUCAACAGGACUCCCACCCCAUUUGACAAAGCGCUGGUCAGCGACCUGUUCUUUGUGCCUGCCAUGGAGCUGGAUAACUUGAGUGUUCUGGAGGUGAUUUCCCACAGACGCAACUUCAACAGAGUGCCGCAAGGUUGGGUGCGGAUUCUACCAGAAAGCGAUGAGCUGUAG